CAACUAGUAUCACAUAGUAUCACUAUCACAUACUAUGGCCAUUGUUAUGAAACGCACAUUGUGGGCUGACGAGGUCAACGGUGCCACCAGUGCCCUGGAUGAGUUGACCACCACAAAUCUGUAAAGUUACAAGCGCAACAGGACCUGGAGUAAUGCCAAGGAUUCGAAAAGGGAUCAACCCUGCCCAGGAUCCCAAGUACCAACAUGCUCUGCAAGAAAGAGAUCGAGCAGUUGAGAUUGUCAGAGCGGCACUUCACAUCACUCCAAAUGUGAUUCGGACGUGGGUUCAGCACUUCGACCACAAAUUUGAACGGCAGAUCGAUUGCCAAAAGUUCUGUGCUGGUUUGCGCGCUUUGAGAUUUGAAGGCGACCCAGAGCUUCUCUUUCUUCGCUUGGACGUGGACAAGAUUGAUGAGGUCACUUUGGAUAUCAUUGAUCCUGAUGCAGCAAAGCUCUGGAUGGGUUUUCGCAUGUGGUGUGUCAAGACCUUUACCGAUGAAAAGACGAUGAUCAAUGAGCUCUCACGUGGCUAUGGUAGCGCCAGCAGGGACGCCUUUCUGACGAACCUCCGGCGCUUGGGAUGGGGUGGUGAAAAUGAAGAGCUCCUCUUUGAAGCUUUGAAUCUCCACGACAAGCAGGAGCUCCGACCCUACGAUUUGACAUUCUUCGCGGUGGACAAGCGGAAAUUUAUGAAAGCUCGAAAGGGCAUGCCAGAAGCUGUGAAGCUCAAGACCCAUGCGGCGCAGAAACGGACCUUGAUGACCAAAGCGCGGAAGGAUUUCAAGGCAUUUCUGAAGAAGAAAUUUGGAACGCUUCUGCGGGCUUGGCGCACAUUGGAUGCCGACGACAGCAUGUUCAUGCAGAAGAAUGAACUCUUUCGAGCUGUCAAAGACCUGUGCUGGCAAGGUGAUGCUCGGAUUUUGUGGCAAGGUUUGGACAAGGAUGGCAGCGGGAUUACAACGUUGCAAGAGUUGGAUCUGAAGAGCGCAGAGCAGCUCGCCAAGUUCAAGCAACAGGUUGGUGAGAAGUUCGGAGAUGCGCAGGCCUUUUUCCAAGCCAUUGACACCAGCAGAAUCAACAAAGUUCGUCAACAAGAUUUCAUUGAAAAAUGUGAUCGCUUUGGGAUCACACGAGCGGACAAACGUUUGUUUCAUGGUCUCGACUGGGAAGGCAAGAAGUUCCUCACAGCAAAGGAUUUGUCGUUUGUCGACCUUUGGAAAUGUCCUCGGUAUCUCACAUGCUCGGCCAAUGCUCAAGCUGCGCGCGACUUUAAAAGUGCAUUACUGCAGAUUUACCCAACGGUCCUGAAGGCAUGGCGCCAGCUGUUGGACCGGGAUGGAAGCAACGUCGUCGGUUGGGAGGAGUUUGAGGCUGCGGCCAAGCGCCUGAACUUUCAGGGCGAUUUGCCAGGUGCCUGGCGCUUCUUUGAUCAGGACAUCAGCGGAAGUAUCUCUUUCGGUGAGUUGGAUGUCGCUUCAUAUGCCGAGCUUUCAAACUUCAAGUCAUGGGCUGAUGAAGAGUUUGGCGGUGUGCGAGCUGCCUUCGCGGUGCUGGAUGAAGACAAUUCGGGGGACUUCAACGUGAGAGAGUUCAUCAAGAUGUUGCGGGGCCACAAAGGUGCUUCAAUGACUCAGGAAAAUUCAGGAAAUGCAUUAAAAUUUACUAAAAACAGAAAAGAUAUGAAACCAUUGGAAUCAUUGAAAUAUGCGACAUAUGUUUCGUUAUUUGCAUCUCUUUGCCAUGUUCAUUUUAUUUGA